AUGUCCAAAGACAACCCCAACCCCAACCAAAUGUCCAACAACCCCAACACCAACAAAUCCGACCCCAAAAACCUCAACCCCUACGUCGAAGACGACCUCUCCCCUCAGAGCUCCCCACCCCACGGUCCCCCCACAGCCUCCCAAUCUCUCUCCACAACCGCCGCCCUCGCCAGCUUCGAAAAAGCCUUCCCCUCCCUCCCCAGCAAAACCGCCCAAACCAAAGCUUGCGGCAAGACUCAAAGUCUCGAAAAAGACUCCCCCUCCCUCCCCACCAAAUCCAACCCGCACACCAAACCCCACAAACGCUCACCCUCCAACGAGCAAGACUACGACAUGGUCGACGAGGCAAAGGACACGGAGCUCGGGGAGGAGUGGGAGGAUGUGCCUGGUGUUGAGGAUUUGCCCAAGGAGGAUGAGUUGGAGGAUGUGGGGAAGCCGUUUGCGGGGCGGAGGGCGUGGGAUGAUGCUGUGAAGGAGGAGCGGGAGAAGGAGAAGGGUGAGGGUGGGAAGGAGGGUGAGGGGAAGGCGGGCAGGAGUGGAAAGAAGGGGGGUUGGUUUUGGAGUAAGGAGGGGGAUGGGAAGAGGGCUGGGAAGUGA